AUGGACAUUUGCGGCUCUUCCGCGAACAACUCCGAACUCGGCCAUCCAGGGCCAUUCCCCUUCUUUUGCAUGUCUUCGAGUUUUAUGACCGAAAAUGAAGUCCAAGAUGUCGAAGAAAGACCCCAAAUCCCAGUUGACGCCGAAAUUAUCGACUUGACCGCUCUCAGCGACGGCUCUACGGAUGAAGGAGAAGAAACGGAUGACAGUGGCUCGGAGAAUGGUUCUUCUGACGACGAAGAGCUUGUCAUUAACGAACAUUCCAGAGCACAACUGCGUGCUGCCUUAAAGACCGUUCCGACGACGCGAUUGCAGGAAAUCCUGAUGGCGUUGAUUGAGCAAAUUCCAGCCGUAGAAAGAGCCAUGACGAAGGAAUUUGUUGUCUCUAGGGCGAAAGCGUUGAAAAGGCACCGCGAAGAGGACGAUGAAUCCGAACCAGAACACGUUGAACGUUGCACCAAGUGCCAUCGAGAAUACGAUGCCGCCGUUGAGCCUGAGAAUGGCGCGUGUUCAUUUCAUCCAGGAAAUAUGGAACCUAAUAGAGGAAUGUUCGUUGAUUGGGAUGAAGAUGUACAUGGUCCGAUUGAUUGCGAAAAGACGCGAAAGGAGUAUCCGGCGAAUUUUUCUUGGUCUUGCUGUGAAGAAGACGGUGUCAGUUCAGGAUGCGUCAAAACAGUACAUGAACCAGUCAGGUCACAUAAUAAAAAGCGUCGGACAGAUGAAGGAUGA